UUCCAAUCACCGACAUCCGAUUUCCGAGAAACUUCCACUGAACAAAAUGAACUUGCAACAGGACUACUGCAAACAAUUAAGCAGCCGUUGAAAGAUCCUCGUGAGCUGACGACAGCCUUCGCCGCUCUGAGGUCGAGAAGCAGAGUCGCUCCCACGGACGAGGCUGCCAGCCGUCCUAAUAUCGCUAGAAAUCGCUACCAGGACAUACUACCUUUUAACGACACGCGAGUCAAACUACAAGGCGAGUGGAGCACCGACUACAUCAACGCCAGCUAUGUUAAGGACGCCGUCGGCAGCGUGCGCUUCAUCGCGUGCCAGGGACCGAAGCCUGGGACUGUGCCGGACUUCUGGCACAUGGUCUGGCAGGAGCAAGUCCAAUUUAUUGUCAUGUUAACGGACUGCUACGAGAAAGGAAAGGAAAAAUGUUGCAUGUACUGGCCUGAGACGAACAGCCCCGCCAGAGAGGUUGUGCAGCUGCACUUCACGUCGUGGCCCGACUUCAACGUGCCGGCGUCCGAGGCCGCUUUGCUGAGGCUCAUCAGCAGCGUCAGGGCGCGUGUCGGGGAGACGGAGUCUCUUGCCCCCAUACUUGUGCACUGCAGUGCGGGGGUGGGCAGGACGGGCACCUUCAUCGCGCUGUGGAACCUCCAGCAGCAGCACCAGCGGGGCGCCCCCAUCGACAUCGACGCGACCAUCCUCAAGAUCAGGGAAGACAGGAACUUGCUCGUACAGUCUAAGGAGCAGUACCUGUUCGUGCGCAAGUGCUUCUCCGAGUAUUUGAGAAAAAAUUGAAACAUCAACGCUAACGGAAACUUGGUGUUGUUCGGCUGAAGCUUCUCUUUUAUGCAAGUUUGACUGAAG